AUGUCGGCCGCCGCCGGCAAGCCGUCCCGGUCCGCCUCCGCCAUCACUGCCUCCACCGCGAGCGGGUACCACCUCCUCAAGAUCGAUGGCUACUCCCGCACCAAGGGCGUCCCCUCCGGAGAGAGGAUAAAGUCCCGCCCUUUCACCCUUGGAGGACAUCGAUGGCACAUCGAUUACCAUCCCAACGGCCAGAAACCAGAGUACGCAGACUACAUAUCCCUUUUCCUUGUUCUUGAUGACAACGUCAGCACGGCGGUGAAGGCGCAACAGAAAUUCUGUUUUGCGGAUGAGGAAACGAACCAAGCUCCUUCGCUGGUAUCAACAACAGUAGACAGCUACACUUCUCAGCAGGGCUGGGGAAUCGCGACAUUCAUCAAGAGGGCAGACCUGGAGAAGUCAGAGCAUCUGAAGGACGAUUCCUUCACCAUCAGGUGCGACAUCGUUGUCAUCGGCGACUACCGUGCAGAGGAUUUACCCGAAGAGACUCCUCCAGCAUUUGUCUCUGUGGCCCCAUCUGACCUGCACCGGCAUCUCGGCGGUCUCUUCAAGACAGAGAAGGGUGCCGAUGUGGUUUUCGAGGUUGGUGGUAACACUUUUGCUGCACACCGGUGUGUGCUUGCUGCCCGAUUGCCAGUCUUCAGUGCGGAGCUCUUUGGCGGUAUGAAGGAGGGCGACACCGCAGGUGUGGUGCGCAUAGAUGAAAUGGAGGCAGAGGUGUUCAAGUCGUUGCUCUGUUUUGCGUAUACCGACUCCUUACCGGUGACAGAAAAGGAAGAUGAAGAUGUCAUGUGCCAGCAUCUGCUUGUCGCGGCCGACAGGUAUAACAUGGAGAGGCUGAAGAGUAUUUGCGAGGAAAGGCUAUGCAAAUACAUCAACAUAGGCACAGUAACGACCAUCCUGACGUUAGCGGAGCAGCACCAGUGUGACGGCUUAAAGAAGGCAUGCUUAAGUUUUCUUGGCUCCCCGGCAAAUCUUAGGGCUCUGUUGGACAGCGACGGCUUCGAUCAUCUGAGCAGGAGCUGCCCUUCAGUUAUUAAGAAUCUGAUUGCCAUGUCGUCCCUCGUUUAG